GAGGCUUCAUUGAAGGAUCAUGGCGUCCUUCAAGUUUCUUCUGAUAACUCUUCUUGCUUUGAUGUUCAUCUGCAGCACUUCUGUGGAAGCAAGGAUCAAACACCAUCAUCCUAAACCAAGGCCGCCCCACCAUAAGCCGUUCCAUCAUCGUCCUCCUAAGCCAAUCCAUCGUCCGAAGCCUCACCACGGGCGCCAUCGCUGGUAGCUCAAGCAUCCUCCUAUGA